GUGUCCAAAGUUCCUGCUCUUUGCUGCAUGUUCACAUUUUAGUAGCGCAUAUAUUCAUGAAGCGAGUAAUGCACUGGCUCAAACUUCUUUUACUUUAAAAGGUUUUGUGUAGCGGGCUAAUUGUUUUGUGAGACAGGUGCAUCAGGCACAAUGUUCCAGAUGAGGUUUGCGGUUACUCUAUUGAUACUUCUGUUAGCGGCCAGGUGUGUGGCACAGGAAGAAACCCCAAAUAAAGGCUGUGUUUGUGGAUACCCUGGAAUACCGGGGGAUCCUGGACACAAUGGCUCACCUGGCAGAGACGGGCGAGAUGGACUCAGAGGUGACAAAGGUGAUCAAGGUGAAAUUGGUCCUGUUGGACCAGCAGGCAGAGAUGGCCACAGGGGAGACAAGGGGGAACCUGGUGAAGUUGGCCCAGCAGGGCUCAAAGGAAAAAGGGGAGAUAAUGGAGAACGGGGGCCCCCUGGGAAAAUGGGGCCCCAAGGUGUCCAGGGGCCUAUUGGGCUGAAAGGAAAUCAGGGAGAGCUGGGGCUGCCUGGACCCCAAGGACCUAAAGGGGAUUUGGGGCCUCCUGGACCAAAGGGUCCAAAGGGGGAAAUCGGCCUUCGAGGUGACAGAGGCAUUCAGGGACCACUGGGACCCCCUGGCAGGCCAGGGCCUAAGGGGGAAAUCGGUGUUCCAGGCCACAAAGGCAGUAUUGGUUACCGUGGGGAAAGAGGGAGUCGGGGAGAGAAAGGCGAUAAGGGUGAGAAGGGAGAAGAACUUGUUAUCUCUACAAGUGCCUUCUCAGUGGGACUCACAGCACAAUCUAAACUCCCAGCGCCCAAUGCACCAAUCCGCUUUGACAAGAUUAUUUACAAUAAUCAGAAUCACUACGAUCCGCAAACAGGGAGAUUCACAUGCUCGGCAGCAGGAGCAUAUUUCUUCACUUAUCACAUCACCGUUUUCUCCAGAAACGUUAAGGUGGCUCUCGUGAAGAACGGUGCAAAGAUCAUCCACACCACAGACAACUACCAGAGCAGUGAGGAUCAGGCAGCAGGGGGUGCUGUGCUGCACCUGGACGUGGGGGACAAGGUGUGGCUGCAGGUGGCUGGGGGAGAACUGUUCAAUGGGCUUUUCGCUGAUGAAGAUGAUGACACUACAUUUUCUGGGUUCUUGAUCUUUGGGACAUAAAUGAGGCAUGAUUAUUUUAUACCUGCUAGUACCGAAAAUGUUUUUAAAGAAUAAUCAGAGAUGGGAGAUCAGCGUCUGUCCAAAGUUUAGUUGAUUCUUUAAUGCAUUGUAAAGUGGUGGUAAGUAGCUAAGUACAUUUACUCAACUAUUGUAUCAGAGUCAAAAUGUAUGAUUUAUGAUUUACUUGUACUUUACUUGUAUUUUCCUGAUUAUCUGGGGUUUUUUGUUAUCUGAUUGCCAAUAAAAUAAAUGUAGGCAUGUCCUACUUUUAGCUCUGAUGCGCCAUGCAACCUGCAAAGUAAAUAUCUAAAGUAACCAAAUGAAUAUAGUGGAGAAAAAUGUACAUUAUAUUGUAUGCCUUACAAAAGGUAGUGUGGUGGAAAUAUAAAGGAAGAGAAAAUGGAAAGUACAAGUACCCCAAAUUGCACUUAUGUGCAGGACUUGAAUGUACUCAGUUAUCUUCUAUCACUGAUUACAGCUCCACUAUAAUUAAGAUAAAGACAUCAUACUUUUCACAUCACUGCAUUAAUUUGACUACUGUGGCUGCAUUGCUGAUGUUAUAAGAAAAACAUAUAAGGCUUGUAAAAUCACAAACAAACAAUGGUUAUAGAUUAUCUAUAUAGGAAUGUAAAAUAAUUCAAAAUGGCUCCACCUCGACUAUCUACAACGGUAAAAUACGUCUUACAUUUUUGUGCAUCUGUGACAAUAUCCCAAUAAUGUAAUAACUGUACCCUCACAGCAGCAAUUUCUGAAAACACUUCCAUGCUUUUACUUUUGUAUCAUUCUGAAUGUAGAACUUAAACUCAAAAUGGAGCAUUUGACUCCACUGAUGUUGUUAAUUAAGUAAAGAAUGUGAACUUUCUCCCACUUCUGGCAUUGUUUAGGUGGUUAAAUCAAUUACAGUGCUUUUCUCUAUUAGAACCCAUCAUCCUGUAAAUAACAUUUUAAAAAAACGUUCCUCAGAUAGAAAUGGAGGCGCCUGUGUCAUGUUUGCCACCAGUAAAAGUUAUUUUACCUUUGUGUUUGUCUUCCACCCUGUAAUAAAGAGCGACAUUCACUAAGGCA